AUGCCUGAAGAGAAGAAACUGAAUAAGCCUUUAUUGAACAUGAGCGACAAUGAUGGAGAAAUCAAAGAACAUGAUGUGGAAGAGGGACAUAAUAGUAAGAAGGGUAUUUUAUCAAAUUUUAUGGUUAGUCAUGACAUGAAAAAUUUGAUGAGAAGGAAUGAAAAAAAAAUAAGAAGUGAAAAUAUAUAUACAGAUUAUCUAAAAUCUCGAUUAAAAAGAGAGGGGAACACGGAAUUCGCCAAGUAUAAUAGCAUAUUAAGUGAAGAGCAAGAAAAAGAAUUGAAAGAGUCUUUUCUUAAUAAAAGAUUAUUUUCCUAUACAAAAGAAAAUAGAACUCAUUUAGGUGAAGGGGAAGAAGAGCAUACAAAAAAUGAAGAUUUCAGGGUUCGAAUUAAAUGCUUUAAUAAAUAUUUAAAACAUUAUGUUCAUAAAAUAUGUAAUGGGGAGACAAUUCAAUAUUCUUUGCAAACUCAUGAAUUAUUAAAAAUAGUUCAUCAGAUCAAAGGGGAAAAUACACCUAUAAAUACCAGUGGAUUAGCUCAAUAUAGAGAUAUAAGACAAUUACUUUCUAGUAAUAGUAACACAAGAUUCGAUAUAUCACCAAAAAGAAAUUGUGUAUUAAUAAAUUUGCCAUAUAGAAAAUGUAUCAUAUUUAAAGAUUUUUUAUUAUUUAUACCUACUUUUACAAAUAGUUCAAUACCUGAAAUAGUAGAACAAGAAGAGAAAAUGUGUAAAUAUUUUAUUGAAAAUGCAAAAGUUAUAUCUUUAAUUAAAGAUUCAUUACCAUUCGAAAUAUUAAUUUUGGAAGCAAUAUUUGUUGAUAUAUGUGAAGAGUUAAAAAAUGAAAUUGAGCCUGUAAUAUGUGAAGCAGAGAAAUUAUUCGAAGUGAUAAGUAGUAACCUAAGUAUAUACAAAUGUAUAAACAAAUUAACAGAUAUGAGAAGAAAAUUAAAAAUAAUUGAUGAAAAAGUGCAGAGUGUUUAUAAAGCUAUUCAUGCAGUUUUAAAUAAUGAUGAAGAUGUAAGAAGAUUAGAAGUUUCUUAUUUUGGAGAUAAACCAGAAUUAUGGGAAAAAUGUGACCCGACUCCAAAUAAUGAGGAUACAGAAAUGUUAUUAGAGUAUUAUUGUCAUGAAAUUGAAGAAUUUCUAAAGAUAAUUCAUAGAACGGAUCAAUCAUUAGAUGAUGUUUUACAAAUGGUAGAACUAAAUUUAGAUGAUGCAAGAAAUAAUGUUUUAAAAUUGGAAUUAGGGUUGAAAAUAUAUGGUAUUAUAAUAACUGUUGUUGGUACUGUAGCAGCUAUUUUUGGAAUGAAUUUAAAAAAUGGCUUUGAGAGUGAUCAAUAUGUUUUUUGGUCACUUGCAUUUUCCUUAAUGCUUAUAACAGUAUUUUGUUUAUUUUAUGUUAUUGUGUCGUUUAAGAAAGUCAACAUUUAG